GGAAGAGGCUCCAGUUGAAGCUGCAGUAGAAGCUCCAAAGGAAGAGGUGCCAACUGAAGCUGCAGUAGAAGCUCCAAAGGAAGAGGUACCUGUAGAAGCUCUGAAGGAAGAAGCUCCAGUUGAAGCUGCAGUAGAAUCUCCAAAGGAAGAAGCUCCAGUUGAAGCUGCAGUAGAAGCUCCAAAGGAAGAGGUGCCAGUUGAAGCUGCAGUAGAAGCUCCAAAGGAAGAGGAAUCAGUAGAAGCUCCAAAGGAAGAGGUCCCAGUAGAAGCUCCAAAGGAAGAGGCACCAGUUGAAGCUGAAGUAGAAGCUCCAAAGGAAGAGGCUCCAGUUGAAGCUCCAAAGGAAGAGGUGCCAGUUGAAGCUGUAGUAGAAGCUCCAAAGGAAGAGGCACCAGCUGAGGCUGCAAUAGAAGCUCCAAAGGAAGAGGUGCCAGUUGAAGCUGUAGUAGAAGCUCCAAAGGAAGAGGCUCCAGUUGAAGCUGCAGUAGA